GACGAUCGCCCCGAGUCCCACCUCCUCCACUUCCAAAGAUAUUCCCACUUUGGAUCCAUAGCCGGUCUUUUAACUUCCUGCACCUGUCACUUCAAGCCCAGGGAGCCUGGAGUGCCAGGGAUGGCCUUGGAGAGGGACAGACUGCCAGGCCAGGAGGAGGUGACGUUCAAGGAUGUGGCUGUGGACUUCACCCGGGAGGAGUGGCGCCUCUUGUCCCCUCCCCAGAAGGAGUUGUUCAAGGAGGUGAUGCUGGAGAAUGCCCAGAACCUGCUUUCUGUGGGUGUUCCAACUCUGCCAGAAGACGUGACCUCUUAUUUGGAGCAGAGGGAAGCCCCGUGGAUGCUGGAGCAAGAAGGCCUGAGGAGCUACUGCCCAGAAGGAGAGAUCAGACCUGAAAUGAAAGCAAAUCCAACAGAGGUGAGCCUUCCUAUGGAAGAAAUGAACUUACAAAGAUUCAUGAGUGAUAGUCUCGAUAACUUUGUUUUCAGAGGAUUAUCUGUUAUACCUCAAAAUUCAUCUCAUAUUGAACAGCAAAGAAUGCACACUGAGGAAAAAUCUAGUGAAAGUAAUCACUGUGGACAGACUUUUAUGCACAGGGUCAGUCUUGCUGGAUCUCAGAGCAUCCAAACUGGUGAGAGACCUCAUAAAUGCAAGCAAUAUGGAAAAACAUUCAGUCGAAGAUCCAAUCUUCCUAUACAUCAGAGAGUCCACAUUGGGGAGAAACCUUAUGAAUGCAAACAGUGUGUAAAGAUAUUCACAAAUAAUUCCAAACUUGCUGUACAUCAGAGAAUCCACCCUGGAGAGAAACCUUAUCAAUGCAAGCAAUGUGGAAAAACAUUCAGUUCAAGAUCCUAUCUUGCUGUACAUCAGAGAGUCCACACUGGGGAGAAACCUUAUGAAUGCAAUCAAUGUGAAAAGGCAUUCAGUCGAAGAUCCCAUCUUGCUGUACAUCAGAGAGUCCACAGUGGGGAGAAACCUUAUCAAUGCAAGCAAUGUGGAAAAACAUUCAGUUCAAGAUCCUAUCUUGCUGUACAUCAGAGAGUCCACACUGGGGAGAAACCUUAUCAAUGCAAGCAAUGUGGAAAGACAUUCACAUAUAACUCCAAACUUGCUGUACAUCAGAGAGUCCACACUGGGGAGAAACCUUAUCAAUGCAAGCAAUGUGGAAAGACAUUCAGUUCAAGAUCCUAUCUUGCUGUACAUCAGAGAAUCCACACUGGGGAGAAACCUUAUCAAUGCAAGCAAUGUGGAAAGACAUUUACAUAUAACUCCAAACUUGCUGUACAUCAGAGAGUCCACACUGGGGAGAAACCUUAUAAAUGUAAGCAAUGUGGAAAGACAUUCACAUAUAACUCCAAACUUGUUAUACAUCAGCGAGUCCACACUGGGGAGAAACCUUAUCAAUGCAAGCAAUGUGGAAAGACAUUCAGUUCAAGAUCCUAUCUUGCUGUACAUCAGAGGGUCCACACUGGGGAUAAACCUUAUGAAUGCAAGCAAUGUGGAAAAACAUUUACAUAUAACUCCAAACUUGCUGUACAUCAGAGAGUACACACUGGGGAGAAACCUUAUCAAUGCAAGGAAUGUGGAAAGACAUUCCCAUAUAAAUCCUCUCUUGCUAUACAUCAGAGAAUCCACAUUGGGGAGAAACCUCAUGAAUGCAAGCAAUGUGGAAAGGCAUUUACACAUAACUACACUCUUGCUGUACAUCAGAGGGUCCACACUGGGGAGAAACCUUAUGAAUGCAAGCAAUGUGGAAAGACAUUCAAUCAAAGCUCUCAUCUUGCACGUCACCAGAGAAUUCACAUUGGGGAGAAACCUUAAGAAUACAAGUGUUAUAAGGAAAUGAACAGGGGGUAUGCUAUAAAGGAAGAAGCAGGAAGUUUCCAGAGUUCCGGAGAAGUGACAGGACUUUUUUCUUCUAACAGACAGUUAAGCAGGAGAUUUGAGUUUGUCUACUCUCCUAGAGUGGAGCUGGUGAACUAGAUGUUCUCUCUCUGGCUUUCCUUGUGAUCCAUCUCACCUACCUGUUCCUAUGUAUCUUGUUGAUGCUGACCGAGAGAUAUUCCUACAGAGUGGCUUGAGACACCUAAAGCCAUCUGUCAGUGAGACCUUCCCUUUGACCACUGUUUCUGCUUACCUUCCAACCUUACUCCCUCAUUUUGUGUCCUGUGAGCUUUAUCCUAUUGACUUUGCCAAACCCUGUGUCCUUCUGAUACUUGUCCUAACCAGUCAUUCCUUGACCCAUUAAAAUCCCAUUGCUAUUAGGUAUCUUUCUAGACACAAUUAUUUCACAAGCUAUGUGAAAAGAUGUCCACAUACAGCUCUAGUCUUGCUGUUAUGUGAAAGAAAUUUACCCUACCCCCUUUCUGGGGCAGCAUAUCAGGCAUGAGACUGAACUUGAGGUGAGGACUGCAUGAUGGAAUCCAUUGAGUGAGGAUAAAGUGGCAGGCAGAAAAAGGCAGCAAUAGAGUCAAAAUCAUGAGACAAGGGCAGGGUGGUGUCUACUGCUUUGCUCCCCUGAACUGCCUCCCUGGGCAACCUAAGAUGCAAUUUGUGAGUUAGUAGGCAGAGAAAAGUUUUGAUAAACUGAGGCAAGAGCAGAUAACCAAGCUCAUCUCUUUCAGUUUUGUUACUGGAUGGAUUUCCCUGUGAGCAUGGCUAGAGCACCCUAAUGAUGGCCACAGAAUAUCAAGAAAAUUGGAGCAAUGAGGAAAUUGUCUCUCUUAUUUUUCCAUCUUUCCCCCCUACUAGCUUAGAAUAAAUAAAAUUUAUUUAGGUCUCAUAAUUUUUUCUCUUAUACUAUUCAUCACAGACAUUCACAUUGACCUCUCAGCUUGUUCAAAAUCAGGCAAUUUACUCUGUCAUAAGCUCUCCUAAGAUUAGGCCCAAAAUGCUGGGAGUCAUCAGGCCACAAUGUCUUGACAAGGUCACACAUGGAGACCAACAGGUCACAGAAUGGCCCCUUGGCAAGAUGGAAUUGUCCACUUACUAAUGGAAUUGACAUGAUUGUUAUUCCCUCCCUAACUCAGAAGGAAUAAUAUAAUAGCAAAAUACUUGCCCUCUAUUUCCCCAAAAUAUCACCAAAAGAUCAGACUCUCUGUAAGAAUUGAAAUAAUAUUUCUUCCCAGAUAUAUAUUUUAUAAAGUUUAUUAGAAAGGGUAGACAAUCAGUUUAAAUCUCAUCAUUCCUCUAAAUAACCUGACCACGUGUUGCCUAGCAUGUGUCUCUUCCUCCUUCCCCCUUACCUUCCUUCUCUGUUCCCUCUUCUCUUCCUUCUUUGUUCUAUUCUCUCUUCUCCCUCCCCUCAAGCUCAAAGCCUUGAUUUUUAUUCAUGUACAGCAUGUACACAGACGCAAACCUGGUGUACCGGUCAAGCUAUGUAGGAGGAGGAGGGAAUGAACUUCCUAGAUACAAUCCCCUGUGAUCCUUUGGGAGACCUGUCUCCCCAUAGAAUCAUUUACAUACAACUAUCUUAUAACUCUAAAUACCUUCUAGCUAAAAGUGCAUACAAUAUCACAUUUUUUAAUAGGAAGUUACAAUUGUUAGAGAUGAGAGUAAAAUACAAAAACUGAUUGGUAGAUUCAUUGACAAAAUGCCAAUUAAGGGGCAUAAGUGUUUACAUUCAGAAUAAGUAUGUUCAAACCCCUUCAGUUCAGUUCAUUAUAUCCCAAAGUUCAUUCUGGAUCUUUUGAUGCAGUGUGUGGCUUCUUCAGGCAUCUUUACAGUACCUUCUCUAAAAGGAUCCACUUUCUUGAUUUGGGGUAUUGGCAAGUUUCUUUUCCUGAAAUUUCUCCAAAAAAUUUAAAAUCUUGGAUUUUAGAAUAAUUGAACAAUCCCUCCCUGAGGAGGGUGAUGACCAACACCAGAAUCACACUGGGACACAUGAUUGAGUUAUGAAGUAUAUGAAACAAUUGUCAAAAGAAAACAAAAACAAACCACCCAAAAAUCCCAAAUAAAAGAGUAAAAAAUGAAAUUGUGUAUAAAAAUAAGAAAUACAGAAAUUAUAAAAAAUAAAAUAAAAAUCUUACGUGUAUAAAAUAAUGAGUAAAAAAUAAACCUGUAACAAGUUCUUAAAUCACAGGAAGGACCAAUUAAAGUGACUUAUGACCCACAAGCCUGUAGGACAAUAGCAUCAGUACAGCACUUUGCCCAUUUGCAGCCAGGACUAUAGAUAAUUACCAAACUAUAAGAGAGAAAGGACUAAGUUUCAGCAGCAGAUGGGAAAAAUCAUUCCCUAGUCUGAUUGUACCUUCACUGUCAGAGAUAGGGGGAGCCAGGAUGAUAGCCAACCUGAGGUAAUUGACUCAAAGUAUUGCACAUGGAAUGUGGUACAAGGGAGUCCUGCAACUUAACAUAUGUCAAGCACCACAACCUCAAUUCUCACACUAGGUUCAAGUCCUUUCAUAUUGGCAUAGAGGUUCAACAAUCUUCCAUGGAUUGGUUUUGGUCUGUUUUGACCUCAUGUUACUUGGCACUGUAUAGUGGCUCUUUUGUUCCCUUCUCCUGGAAUCAGACAUAAUCCUUUAACAAAGUCCCAUAACAUUUAUCAAUAAAUGGCAGGUUUCCAUAGUCUUAAGCUUCUGUGUAUGCAUAUUACUAGGGCUAAUCAAUACUGUUAAGUUAUGCUAUAAACUUCAUCCUUCAAGGCAAAAAAAAUUAAAACUAAUUUCAUAUACUUCAAGCAUCAGCAACAUUAGGGAAAAAAUAAAAUAUCUCAUUAGAAACAUAAAGACAAAAAAAGUAAUUAAAAUAUCACAAUUUCACAUUUCAUAUUGCAUGUUACAAUGUGUUAGCCAAGCAAGGGCACAAUACAACAGGUGCUAACUCAAAAAUUUAUAUUCCUCUUAACUUGGGUAGGAUCCACAGUGUGAGUGUGCAUAAUUUUUUCACCAGGUAAAAGCCAUUUAAAACCAGCAGUACAACAAAUAACAUGGAUUCUAAGAAGCACCAAAAUCCCCAAAAUUAUAAGAGCCCAAUUAAUGACAAUAUCAAACAAACACACUAUCAUUAGGAGUCACAUGAGUAUUUAUACUUGCUGUAUAAAUUAAAAGCCUUUGAAAUAAUGAAUAUUUGUCACAAGUUCUACAGGUUUACCCAUUCUUUCAACCUUGGAAGAGAUAUUUUUAACAAAAUCUAUUAUUACCAUCAUUCCGAAAUUUGAUGGGAGAGAAACCCAGAAAAACCUUGCUACAGUUGAUGAAAAGUUACAACUAUAAGAAAUCCAUUUCAAAGCUACAAGCCUUCAGAGGAAAAAUCAUUCCUACCUACUAGAUGAGAUUAUAGCACAUCACAAGGUAAUUAAGUCACAUGGACACUGCCUUCCCUCUUGGUAUGAGACUGUAACAGUGUAACAGAACUGUCUCCAAUAUGUGCCACCCAUUUUCACAUGGAGCCAAGGACUAAAAAGUGAAAAUCACUUCUCUAUAUGCCAUUCAUUACAUUUAUAAUAAAUGCAGAGAUGGGAAAAUACAACAAUGCCAUUGCAUUCUACUUCAACUACAAAUGGACCCUUACCUCUUGUUAUAGACAACUCGGAAGCAGUCAAAUAAAUGAUCAGUCAGAGGUAGGGAUGCUCCCAGAUAUCUGAAAACCAUGUUUGGGUACUCAUUAAAAUCAAUUGAGAUUAUUAGAUAAUUAAAUUUUCCAAAACAUUCAUACAGGUUGAAACCAAUGUGAUGGAGUCCAUCUAUCAGCUCUGUGUGACAAUUAACAAAGGCAAAAAAAUGAACAAAAUGCUGUUCAUGGGCUUUUACAGAGAUAUUCUUCAGUACAAUCAUAUGGGAGGUACAAAUAAAGACAAUGCAAAAUAAUAUUUCAAUUUUGAUAGUUUAUGAAGUAGUUAACAUUAAAUUACAUACAUCUUGUUUUUAGAAUUGAAUUUCAGAGACUUCUUCAUUCUAGGGAGGGGAACAAACUCAAACAGUUAACAUCAAUAAAGCAAUGAGGUCUGAAAAGGCUUAAAAUUCACCUCUAGACUUUAAGGUUCCUUCCCCUCCUAAGUACCAUCAGUCAUCUAAAUCUCUUUGUCCACACCUCUGGGAUCACCCAUAUUGAGGUAAGUUCCCACACUGAGUACCGAUGUUUGGGUGUGAGUUUUGAUUAGCCACAUUUGAAUAACUAUUCAUCCUAUCAAUAUUACUAUUCCUGAAACUACUAUUCCUAUUUUCCUCAUUCCUCUUCUUACAAUUCAUAAUUACAUGAUCCACUUUUCUACAAAAGUAACAUGUUAGUGAUUGUUUUGUGGAUUCUUGUAAAGGGACUAUGAUCUCGCCUUGCUUUGCCUUUACAACUGUUUAAGUUAAUUCUUUUAUUUAGUUCCUCAAUGUUUCUACCAAAGUUGCAUUCUCUUUAUCUUUCUCACCCUGUUUAGUAGUCAAUUCCUUUAUUUCCUUCCUUAAUGCUUCUAUCAAAUCAGUGUUCUCCUCCUUUUCCUUAUGUCCCUCAAAAGCAUAAAGUGCCACUCUUUUCAAUUCUUCAAGAUCCAUAGUAGGCCAAUUUGGACAGCUACUCAUAAAGUAAUUCCUAACUACAUUACAACUGUUUUUCACAAAUUGUAUUCUGAUUUGUCUAACAUCCCACUCCCUAUCAAGAUCAAGCUUAAUAUAUCUCCUGCCCAGCUCAAUAAGCCUAUCCAUAAACUGGGAUGGGUUUUUUAUUGUCUUCUUGCUUAAGAUUUUCAAAUUUAGUCCAUUUACCAAGUCUAUAAGAACAGACUCUCAUAGUUUUUAGCAAUGCAUUUCUACCCUGGCAUGGUUGUAAAUAAUCUUGCUCUGAAUUUGGAUCCCAUUUGGGAUCUUCAGUUGGCCAAUGAGUUGUUUCCUCUCCCUGGGCCUGAUUAACAAGAGAAAGAAUCUUAUUCCUUUCCCUUUCCAUUAGCAAGGCCUGGAGCAAAUCUUCUACAUCAACCCAUGUGGAGUUAUAUGUAUGAAAAAUGUUCUCAACUCUAUUUAUUAACAAUAUAGGCUUGGUUUCAAACAAGGGAAAUUUUUCUUUGAAUCUCUCGAUGCCAUUUGGAGAAAAAGGUGUAUGAUGUCUAAUGUUUACUAAAUCUCUGUGUCUGUUAUAUGUAGGAAUAUCUCUUCAAGGGAAAAGACCUUUAUUUGAAUCAUCUAUGGUAACUGCUGCUUGGCCUGUGUUCUGGAGUUCAAUGGAGCGGGUUGCAGUGAGGCGAGUAGAGGAAGGGGGUGGGGUGGUUGAAUGGAGCUGGUCAGGAGGUGGGGAACAAAGCCAAAAGUUAAGGGGCGGGCUGGAUGUGGGGUGGAGAGGUCUAGAGGAGUCAUAGUAAGAUGGAUGGGAAGGAGGGUAUGGAAAAGGAUUGAAGUAGAAAUGGUACAGGUGGUAAUAGGGGAGAUGGGUGGGCACUGCAUAGUUGGAUGUUAAAGGAAGGUAGAGAGAUGGGGGAAAGGGAAUGGGAGGAGUAGGGGAUGAGAGAGGUCUGACAGGGAGAGGAGCUGAAGGGUUGAAGUCCUGGUUUAGGUGAGUAUGAGGAGAAACCUCACAGGACAGGUGGGAUGAUAGAAUGUGUUUUUUACUAGAUUUCACUGAAGGAGUCAAGCUAGAAUAUUUUGGAAAGAAAGAAUGGUUUUCUCACUGGAGGAAAUGGUUAAUUUAUCAAUAUGAUAUGCCCAUAAGAACCAGUAUUUAUGAUCUUUGGACUCUUUGUUUUUAAUGGCUAACUUCAAAUCUUUUAAGAUCUUGAAGUUAAAAGAGCCAUAUUUUGGCCAGGUAAAAGAUAAUGUCCAUCCAUGCCUUACAAAGAUUUCUAGCUUCUUUGUCAUUCAGUUCUCCUUAUGUAGAUUGGGAUCAGCCCAAUAAUUAAGAAGUUUAUGCAGGGGUAAGUCAGGAGGAAUAUUUCCUGAUUUCCCUUGAUUUGUUGCAGUAUUUCCCAUAUUGUCUAGUCUGUAUGUAUUAAUAUGCCUAUUUUGAAUAUUGCUAAAUGGUUAGCAUAAACAAUGAAAAGUUCCCAAAACAUAAAAAAAUGGAGACACAAAGUUCUUCAAUGUUAUUGUGGAAGGCAAUCAGAGAAGGUUUAAAACAAAAAGCUAAUAUAAGGAAACAAUAAUUGUUGCACUGCAAUAGUAUCAAUAAUGAAUGUGUAUUUAGUGUGAUAAUUGUUGUAAUUAAUGAUUAAUAACAAUAAGCAUCUAAUAUAAUUAUUGAUGAUGUUAUUAAUAAUUAAUAACAUGCAUUUAUAAUUAUUGUUGUUAAUCAAUAACAAAUAACUAUAGGUUAAUAAUUAUUAGUAAUUAAUAAUAGGUGGU